AGCACAAGCUGUCCCCGAGGUAUUAAAAUUUAUAGACUUCAGCUUUAAACAGGUCGAAGAUUUGUUUGCAAAUCUUCCACAUUAUCUAUAUUGCCUGAUCUUGUGCUCCAGCAAUCACACCAGGUGUCCACUAGCGGAAUGGCUUCGCAUCCGAACUCUCCUCAUUGGGAAUUGGACGUUUAUGCCACUCCCUUUGUGCCCCAUGCGUUCAAGUCCGUCAAUAACGAGCACGCCACUGUAAUCGCCACCGAUACCAAACACCAAGUCGAUUUUGCUGCCUAUACUGAGACUUUUGCAGCCAGACACUUUGUGCCGCAGCGAUAUAAUGCCACCAUCCCUCCUCCUGAAGGAACCGUGAAUCAUCCCCCCCUAGACUCAGAUCUCUCUGUGUCAUCAUACUCUGAAUUCUGGUCACCAGUGUACAAUGUCGAACUUUCUGCCAAGCUUGAGGAGAAUGAUACCUACACGCUAUACAAUGUACCGCUAGUACCAACCGCAAGCCAGGAGGGGCACCAAUUAUACCGGCUCCUUGUCCCAGGAUUGCGGGAGGAGACACCGUUCGUUGAGCUCGGUGAUACCAUCCAGCUUCGCCAGCUUCAUCUUGACCCGUAUGGCAAUCUAGUUCAGCUGCCGGUUUACUUCGGCACCCAAAAGCCGAUCUUUCUCACCUGGGGCGGUGUGCAAUAUGACGCAACCGUGGAAGAUAUAAACCGAGCGUACGAGCUGGUUUUCAUAAGGGUCAAAGGUCUAGUUCCUCAGACAAUGAGGUUCAAUGUUGUCUUUUCGAUGCGACGGAAACUUAUUUCUGUGCAGUGGGCCGCUCUGCACCUUGUGUCAAGUGAGCUCUUGAGGAUACUGGCAAAGCCUGGACCUUUGGGUUCUCGGGAGGUGCAUGAGGAGCUACUUCAGAGGACUGCGAGUAUGACUCUUACUACGAGUGGCCACUCAAAUCAAACCAACGGUGCUAAUGGGGAAAUACAAUCUCAAGACGACGGGGCUCCGAAUGACUGGAUUCGACGGAUGUUAUUCCCUGUUGAUUCUGAUGGUGUCAUUCAAGAAAAACUACGUACACUCCCAUGGAAACGAGGGCUCUUCGACCCCAAACUUAACUACGAACAACUCUCUGCAGUCGACUGCGUCUGUCGGAGUGACUAUGGCGUUCUUCCUUACCUUAUCUCAGGUCCGCCUGGCACGGGCAAGACGAAAACCCUGGUGGAGCUUGCUAUGCAACUGAUAAAAGAUCAAGUUGAUCAUGUCCUCAUCUGUGCACCGUCCGAUGCGGCUGCAGAUACGCUUGCUCUACGCCUUAGUAAGCAUCUCAAACCGUCGCAACUUUUCCGACUCAACGGGCCUGGGAGGACGGUCGAUGAGGUUCCUCAAGCCCUAAGGGGGUUUUGCUAUAGGACACAGGACAAGGACCCCAAUAUGUACAAUCUACCGCCUUUCCCGCAACUGAUGAAGUAUCUUAUCGUAGUGACAUCGACUCGAGAUGCUUCCAUCCUUAUGAACGCCAAGGUCACUAAUUCAGACCUAUAUACCAUUGAAAUGAGCAUGCUUAAAACCUUCCAUCCAGAAUCGCAAGUCCCAGCAAUCUCACUCCAUUGGGGUGCCCUCCUCAUCGAUGAAGCUGCGCAAGCAACAGAACUCGAAUCUCUUUUCGCACUUUCCAUAGUCAUGCCCCCACCAUCAUAUCCAUCGACCUUGCCGCAACCACAAUUCGCAAUGGCCGGUGACGAAAACCAACUCGGUCCUCGCACCGCAUCAAAAAAUCCACAUCUCACGACCUCUCUCUUCGCCCGGCUAUUCGCUCGCCCCCUUUACGCUAACCACCCCCUCUCCCGCUCCAACCUUCGACCCUCCACCUCCCCACCUGUCCUCACAGCUGCCAUGCUCCCAAUGAACUACCCAGCCUUCGAGAACCUGACUAGAAACUACCGCUCUCACCCUGCCAUCCUCUCAGUCUCAUCCUCCCUCUUCUACAACGACACUCUAAUCCCCGAAUCCCAACCCGCCGCCCAUCCACUACAUACCUCCCCCAUCUGGACGCACCGCAACUGGCCAGUGAAAUACAUCCCACACCGGGGUCUCGAUGAAAUCGAGCGCGACGGCGGUGGCUGGUAUAACGUAUCUGAAGCCCGCAUCGCCUGCAACCUCGCACAAUAUCUGUUUUCUUCCGCGCAAGUGCCGCAGGCGGAAAUCAUCAUCAUGAGCCCGUUCGCUGCACAGGUUAAGCUGCUACGUAAGGAGAUGCGGAGUGCAAGGUAUGGUAACGGAUCUGGGCUAUUUGGCGUGAAUAUCGGGCCGUUGGAAGCGUUUCAAGGUCUUGAGAGUAGGGUUGUGAUUAUCUGUACGACGCGUGCGCGGCCGAAAUUCGUGAAGGGUGAUGUUGAGAGAGGAUUGGGAGUUGUGGGGAUGCGGCAGAGGAUGAAUAUGGCCAUUACGCGGGCAAAAGAGGGGCUCUUUGUUAUUGGAAAUCCUGAGGUGUUGGCCAUGGAUGAGUGGUGGAGGGAGUGGGUUGCGUUUUGUUUGAGGAAUGGACUUGUAUCUGAGGAUCUUGGAAUACAUGCGCAGAGGUUUAAGGGCGGGAAAGUGGGUGUGUUGGAGAAGGCGUUGGUUAUUAAGGAGGAGAAGGCUAGGGAAGAGACAGCGGGAAGGCUGAGAGUUUUAGGUGGUGCCGUUUUGGGUCAGGGGGUCGACGAGGAUGAGAUGUGGGCUUUAGGGCUUAGGGCGGCUAUGGAGGAGUGGGAAGAGGAGGGAGGCGGAGGCGAGGAAGACGAGGAAGACGAGGAAAAUUGAAAUGGAGGGAAGCGGACUUCGUUUCCAGAUACCCAAGGCGUUGAUAGUAUGUUUUGGAAAUGGGAGAGGCCUUGGAUAAGUAGUUCCUCUCUUAAAGAUAAUAGAAGAU